AGUACAGUUUGUGCAGCGUUACGAGGAACUCGCGUGCUUCUCCGCAGACAAUGCUUAAUUUCUUUAAAAAAUCUCUCAUAGCUUUUUAAUUGCUUCGAGUUUUGUGGUGUUUUUCAUACUGAAUGUGAGUAAGAAGCUCGAGAGCUUUAAUUUGUAGAGAAUUUUCAAAAGGAGGCAAUAAGACAUUGAUUGUGAUCAUCUCGCGGUAUCAAUGAGGAAAGUCUCAAGUGGCAUAAAAUUUUUUUCUUACCACUAGGCUAUAAAAGCGAUAAAAUGAACAUAUUUUGGUGGUAUGAUACGUUCAUUUGGGAGUUUUUGGGGUGGGGAGAGUUGUACAUUGACCUAUUUUGUGUUAAAAAAAUGUGCCGGAUCAUUUUUCCGCGCUUUGCAGGGAAUUUGAAGAUUACACCCACCAGUAACCACAGACCAUCGUCAACAUGAACGAAGACCCCCCGCAAACGGGAUACUUCCAUUUCCACGUUGUGGAUUAUUGCGUUUUUGCCGCGAUGUUAAUCUUAUCAGCAGUUUCUGGUGCUUACUUCGGCUACUUCAGAAGAAAGACGCCAGUGCAGAUUAUCCCACCGAGUGCGGGUACCAAGAAAACUGGAACUGAUUUUGGAUCAUCUUCCAUGAGUGAAUACCUUUUAGGUUCGAGAAAACUCAAAUCUUUCCCCGUGGCCAUGAGUCUCAUUGCAAGUUAUAUUUCUGGUGUGACCAUUCUCGGUACUCCCUCCGAGAUUUACAAUUACGGUAUCCAGUACUGGAUGAUUGUGGUACCAAUCCUUACAAUGGGUAUUGCAGUUAGUUAUGUCUAUCUCCCGGUAUUUAUGUCCUUAAAAGUAGGAUCAUCGUAUGAAUACUUGGAGCUAAGAUUUUGCUCCGCAGUACGUUCCAUGGCGUCUUUUAUGUUCGUCUUAGAUGAGAUAUUUUUCCUACCGAUUAUUGUAUACGUUCCUGCCCUGGCAUUUAAUCAAGUAACCGGAGUGAAUUUACAUUUAAUCGCUGCUAUUGUUUGCGUUGUUUGUGUCUUCUACACCACAAUUGGUGGUAUAAAGGCAGUUGUUCACACGGAUGCUUGGCAAAUUGUGGUGAUGUUCAUUUCUGUUUUUGUUGUUGCAACUCUUGGUACAAUAGCUCUUGGAGGUCCUGCAGAAGUUUUCAGGAGAGCCACAGAAGGGGGGAGAAUUAAUUUAUUCAAUAUGAGCCCAUCCUUUUACGAGAGGCACACCUUCUGGGCUGUUGUCAUUGGAGGAUUUAUGUACUGGACGUCGUUUAAUUCUGUCAAUCAAACAAUGGUACAACGCUAUAUGUCACUACCAAAUCUCAAAACUGCCAGAAUAUCUAUCGCUAUGUACACUGUUGGCAUUAGCGCCUUUGUCAGCGUUUGCUGCUACGCUGGUGUCCUCAUCUAUGCUUACUACUACAAAUGUGAUCCUAGUUCAGCGGGAUUAAUUCAAGCGGAUGAUCAGCUCUUCCCCAACUAUGUCAUGGAGACCGUUGGAGACCUUCGUGGUGUUCCUGGACUUUUCAUUGCUGGUGUCUUUGGGGCUGCACUUAGUUCCUUGUCGGUCGUUCUAAAUUCCACGUCGGCCGUUCUGCUUGAGGACAUCCUCAAGGGGUGCUUCAAGGUACAGCCCAGUGAGAGAUGUGCAGCAAUCUUCGUCAAGAGCAGCAUUAUUCUCUUGGGCUGUGUUGCCAUGGCGCUUAUCUUUGUUGUGGAGCGUCUUGGGGGGAUUCUCUCGGUUGCUACUUCCUUGACAGCUAUUGCUGCAGCUACAACCUUUGGGGUCUUCACUUUGGGCAUGCUGGUACCAUGGAGCAACAAUACAGGAGCUAUUGCUGGUGUUAUAGCUGGAGCUCUCAUGUCUGGAUGGGUGUCUUUGGGAUCUCAGGCUGCUGUGGCAAAUGGAUACGUUGUACCCCAUAAGUUGGAUAUUUCAACGGAAAAUUGUCCGGCUUUCAACAGCACCGCACCUGAUUAUCCAGAUGAAUCUGAUGUCUUUCCACUCUAUCGCUUCUCAUUUCAUUGGAUUAAUCCCAUUGGAAUUAUCAGUGUCCUCCUUGUGGGGAGUAUUGUUUCCUUCUUCACGGGACCACGGGACCUCAAGAGCAUCGAUCCUGAACUAAUCUCACCGGUUAUCCAUAGAUUCCUACCUUCGGAGUGCUUCAUUCACUACGGAAGCACCUCAAUGGAGCGCAAUCGACUCAAUGAGGAAGCCAAUCAGGACGAUGAACGUCUUGAAUUCCACGACAGAAUUAGUUAUAACACCAAUAACACCAAUUCAAAGGCUACAACAAGCCAGGAAAACUGGGAGCAAAGUCGGUGAUUGAAUUCACUGUCAGUCCAGUAAUUUUGCGUGCCAAAUUAUUAAAAGAAAAAAAGUAUAUAAGUAACCUCAACACCUGACGAAAAAAUCCAUCGAUAAUAAUCUUAGGGAUUUUCUACGGAUUUUCCGCAAAUUUUCGAGCGUUUUUCCACUCCAAAUCUCUGGGAGAAGAGAUGUGUGUGUUUGUUCGAUAAGUAAAAGGUUUUGAAUUUUAUGUUUCAUUAUGAUUUUCAUAGCCAUCACAGACUUUGGAUUUCAAUUGAAAGAUAAAUAAUAUUUUAUUGGGACUAAGAUGAAAAUUACAGAUGAAAUAAGAUUUUUUAAACUCAUAAAGCUGAAAAAAAAAUCACUGAAUGAUCAAUAAAAAAUUUCUGAAUUUUAUUUUCCAAGAGUUUAAUUUUUAAAUUUUAAACUACAAACCAAAAUUUUAAAAGAAAAUUUAAAAGAAGAGAAUUAAGGAUAUUUUUUUUAUUUUUUUACAUAGCUGUGGUUCUUUCUUAAAUUUAAAUCUUGCGUUCAUUUUUACAAAAAAAACUGGUUGAACCGGUUUUAAAUUUUUUUAAAAAAAUAUUUUUUUGUAAUAUCUUAAAUAUAAAGAAUAAAUUUAAUUUUUAAGGUUUUCUUAAGGCUAUGAGUUCUUUAUUUUAUCUUCUCCUUUGAAUUCUAUAGAAUCACAGCUAAAAGGAAAUAUAAUGAGAAGACUCAAUUUCUAAUCCAAAGUCUGUUUUGCGCUUUUUCGUGGAUGUAUGAAGCGAGAGGGUAUAAAAUAUUGAAAAGUUCACAAUAAUUUCAUCAACUGUGAUACCUAGAAAUUGUAUUGAAAAACAAUUUACAAGGAUUUUUUACACAAAGAUUGUCGCUUUCCUCGUAAACUAGUGGUGUAGAUUUAUAAAGAUUUUGUGUAUCAAUGUUUUGAAUAAAGAGUUUUUACCUAA